AUGCCUCCUCCUGAAGAUAUACAAGGUAAUGAGCACUUUGAUGAAAAUGAGCAAUUUAUUACUCCCGAAAAUGUUGACUGCACUUAUAAAAAUGAUAUCACAAUGGAUAAUUAUGAGAAUGAAGAUAAUUUUCAAGAGGAUCACGAAGCAAGUUCCUCUAUUGUGGGAAGUGCAAUUGAUGGCAAUAGUGAAAUAGCUUUCAUCAGUGUCAACAACAGCGAGUUUGAAGAACCGGAACCGAUGGAUACUGAAACAAAUCAACAAUCUAGUCAAGAAUCAUUCUUUCCCCUUCCUUGUGAAAAAAGAAAUAUCAAAGACAGUAAUAUAUUAGGUACAGAGAGUAUGAUUACAGAAAGUGAUGAUGGUUUUGAAUCAUAUGAAAAUGAAAUGUUACAGUCUGUCAGUGAAGAAAAUAAUAUCAAAAGUAAUAUGCUUGCUAAUGAAAAUGUUCAAUUUGAAAAAACUUUUUAUUACAAACAACCAGUUGAAGAGCAAGUAGAGGAAGGAACUGUCGUGCACGAGGAAUAUUUUCAAGAAGAACAAUCUGAAGCGGCUGAUAAUCAAAAUUUUUCUAGGGAAUCGGUUUUUGGUGAAACAAGUUUUCAAGGUGUAGAAUAUAAUGCAUCAGAACAAGUUAUUGAAACAACUGAAAGUGAAAUUCCAACUGAGUAUAUUAAUGAAACUGUUGAAUCAAUUCAAAGCAUAGUUGAAGAGGGAAGUGAUGAUACUAAACCUUAUGAAACUAAAGGUAAAAUAAUAAUUUCAAAAGAUAAUAUACUUCAGUUGAAUCAGUCUAAUGUAAACUUGAAAAAAUUUGUUUCUGAUAAUAUUCGUACAGUGCCAUCAACACUGAAGCGUCCUUUAAUACCUGGUCCGGGGCAGGCAAAAAAUAUGUUCACAAAGGUUAUUAUUCAGGGAAAUACAUCAUCGAAUAGUUCUUCGAAUCAACCUUUUAAAAUAAUUGGUAGUGGCUCAUCGCUAGUCAGUGGUCAGACUAGAUCUAUUUCAUUUGCACAGGCACAACAAAUAGGUUUAUUGCCAUCUGGAGCAAAAAUCCAACAAAUAAUACCAUCAUGUAGUACCGGCAACGUUACAAGCCCUAAAAGAAUGAUUUAUAAGAAAAUAGUGCCUACUUGCAGUUCGAGUCUCUUAACGCCUUCAAAUGCCGCCAAAUCUCCCACAAAGAUAUUACCUGCGCCUUCUCCCUCUAAAGGAAGCAACAUUCGACCGUCUUUAACAACGGUUAAGGGGUCUGUUUCUGUGGGAAAUAUUCAAACACUUCGAGGUAAUGUACCAAUAGCAACGCUUAAAACUAUACAAACUAUUCCUAACACUAAUAGACCAAUUCCUGUUGCUGCGAUUACAGCUCUUAGGCAGUCUGGAAUUUCGAAUGUUAUCAAGCCGGUUGGAACAAUUAAAAACCUUCCUGGACCUCAAAAAGUAAUUAUUCGUCAAGGUCAGAUACCUUUGAAAGGCGGCACCAUCAUUAAUCCCAGUAGUACAGGUCAAGUUAUUAGAAUUCCAACCAAUGCCAAUACUCUCCAACCAGUUCAAAUCGGUGGAGGAAAACAAGUACAGUAUUUUAGAUUUGUGAGUGGAUCUGGAAGUACUUUACCCUCUACCGUAAUUAAUAAUACCAAAUCGAAAAUAGUAAAAGCUCCGGUAGGCACGACCGCUUUUAAAGCCAUUCCAAUUGCUCCAAAUCCAAAUUCUGUUAAUGUUAAGGCAGUAUUACCAAAGCCCUCUGGUUCCGUGACAAACGCUUCAAGCAAUACAAAACGAAUUUUAAUUCCUGUCUCCCAAGGAAUGUCGCAAUUGUGCAUAGCCAACGAUGUCACUAAUGCGAGCGAAGAAGGUAAUUGUGACAAAAUGCAAACAAUCACAACAGUACCGGUUACAGCGCUUCAGCAGUUAAAAAAUACCGGAAGUAUCACUGCUAUACCCUCCUCUGCUGUGACUCAACUCAGACAGGGCAGGAACAUAACGACUUUGACUAAUUCUCAAUUUGCUCAGCUGAAAACCGGACAAGGUUCAAGCAUACAGCUAAAACCUGGUGAAUCGAUAAUUCCUGUUUCGGCAGUAAAUCAAACCAACUCCGAUGGAUCUUUUGUAGUUUCUGAAGGUUCUAUUGUCAUGCUUCCCGCUGAAAUAGUUCAUCAAAUUCAAAACAACGAUUCGGCGAAUAGAGAAAAUAUUACUGAAAAUUUCGAAGGUAAGAUGAAACCCACGCCGGACAACGACAUGAACGAAGAAGAUAGUUUUGAAAAAGAUCAUUUGGACAGUGACGGUUGCCGUUCCAAUAGUCCCAACAGAGUUUUAGAGGCAAAUGGAAUCAGAAUGAAGAAGCCAUGCAACUGCACUCGUUCGCAAUGUCUGAAACUCUAUUGCGAAUGUUUUGCAAAUGGAGAAUUUUGCUUCCAGUGCAAUUGUAAUAAUUGUUACAAUAACAUAGAACACGAGGAAGCUCGUCAGAAAUCGAUAAAAUCUUGUUUGGAGAGAAACCCAUGUGCAUUUAGACCUAAAAUUCAAAUAGGGGAAACCGAAGAGGACGAAAGAAGACACAACAAGGGCUGUCAUUGCAAGCGUUCGGGUUGUUUGAAAAACUACUGCGAAUGCUACGAAGCUAAAAUCACUUGUUCGAAAUCGUGCAAAUGCAUCGGAUGCAGAAACACCGAAGAAUUUUUGGAAGGCACUCGAAGUAGUCUUAUAGAAUUGGCCGAUGCAGCAGAAGAAACGUUCAAUUCCGAACAAAAAUCGGAUUUCAUCAUAAGACCCCAAUCCACGGGAUCGACCAUGAAGCAACCGUAUAAUUUUAUGUCUUCCGAAGUCGUGGAAGCCACUUGUCAGUGUUUGUUGGCUCAGGCAGAGGAGUCGGAAAGAAACGGUUUGAGUACCGAAGAGGGUGAAAGAUUAAUAAUAGAAGAAUUCGGUCGUUGUUUGAUACAAAUAAUAGGCUGUUCAAAUUUGGAUGAUGGCACAAUUCGCUAG